UUGUAUAUUUUAUACAAAGUCAGCUUAUUGCCCCCACAAACUGGGUCCUCAUUUCACCUACCUUAGAAAGGAUGGAAGGCUGAGUCAACCUUGAGCCUGGUAAGAUUCGAACCUGCGGAAAUUGCAGGCAGCUGUGUUAAUUACAGGGUGCAUUAAACCACUGUACUACCAAGGCUCUAUGAAUCCCUACGGCUGUUUUCAUUUUAUUAACCAUCUUUAACAAGCCCUUUCCUUCCCUCCAAGUGCUCCUUUCGGAGAAGUUGUUCCACGACGCAGCCAAACGAAACGACACGGCGUCCAUGGUCGAGCUGAUCAAGAGAGGGGUUGACGUCAAAGCGAAGAAUAACACAGGACCGCUCUCCACUGGGCCGCAGGAGCUGGCCAUGAACAGGCAGUCCGCCUUCUCCUGGAACAUGAGGCCGGCGUGAAUGAUGAAGACAGUUUUGGGAUGAGCGCACUUCUUCUGUCUGCCUGGUUUGGUCAUUUACGUGUCCUUCAGGUCCUGGUUAACGCUGGUGCUAAAACCAACUGUGUCAAUAAGAAUGGCCACAACCUCCUACACUGUGCUGCCCAAAGGGGUCAUCUCAGGUUGAUGAAGUUCAUCGUGGAAGAUCUGGAAGAUGUGUGGCUGGAUAAGAAAGAUAAGAUGGGCAGGACAGCCCUUCAUCUGGCUGCAGAGAAGGGGCAGCUGGAGGUGGUGGAGUUUCUGCUGGGCCUAGGUUCUUCUCACAGCAUCAAAGACAAGGAGAAGAACAUAGCUCUUCAUUUGGCAGCCAUGAAUGGACAUGCAGAUGUAUUACAGAAAUUUCUAGAAGUCGGUGUGGACCUAGAUGACAAGAAUGCAGAAGGGAUGACUUCCCUGCAUUUAGCUGCUGAGGGAGGACACAAUGAUUGUAUCCAUCUGCUUCUAGAAGCUGGCUGUGAAGUCAAUGCCCAAACGCAGAAAAAAAUGACCUGCCUUCAUUAUGCUGCACUGAAUGGCUAUGUAGACAUGGCCAAAACCCUCCUUGGUGCAGGAAUCCUGACAGAUGCUCUGAAUUACCAAAAUGCAUCAGCUAUGCACAUUGCGGUGCUACGGAACUACCCAGCCAUUGUCAAACUUCUCAUUGAUGCGGAAUGUGACCUUGAUGUUCCUGAUAAUAGGCGACAGAGUCCUCUUCAUAUUGCUGCAGAGCACGGAAGGCAAGAUAUUGCUGAGUUGAUCCUCAUGGCUGGGGUGAAUUUAAAAUUAACCGAUAAGCAAGGAAAAACAUCUCUGGACGUAGCUGCUCGUGGGAACCACAUCAGUUUGGCUGAUAUGAUCAUCAAAGCGGACAGAUUUUACAAGUGGGAGAAAGAUAACCUCAACAGUGACUCUGAUUCCUGGAUAACUGAGCGUUUAACUUUCAAGCAAGACCAUCGGCUGGAAACGCAACAUAUCCGUUCGGUGCUGUGGCGGCUCGCAACCAAAUACCUCAAGGCCAACGAGUGGAAGAAACUUGCACAUUAUUGGAAAUUCACGGAGGCGCACAUCCGUGCAAUCGAACACCAGUGGACAGGCACCAAAAGCUACCGAGAACAUGGCCAUCGGAUGCUGCUGAUAUGGCUUCAUGGGACCAUCAUGGCAGGAGAAAAUCCAAUCAAAGGAUUGUAUGAAGGGCUGGUCAGCAUCGGGAGGAGCGACUUAGCAGAAAGUAUCCGGAAACAAGCGAAUGCAGAUUCGCCCGCAUCUCCACGCAGGUGUUCAGCAAUGUGAGGUCCGAGGUGCUUCAGAACAUGACUCCAUGCGACUCUGCCAGAGGUUUCUUUCAGGACUUGCAUCCAAAGGGACACCAUUUCCAAGGGCUUCUUGCCAUCUUGAAUGGCAAGCUUUCCAAUCCAGGUCAGGUCCACAUAAACCGUCUUAUGGGCAGACUCUCAAUCACAGCAAUGCAUCCGUAGGACCUCAGUUGGAGAAAAGGGGACAUAACGGAUUUUAUUCUCCCCCCUCCCCACCCGAAGGUCUGAGAUAAGGUCUAAAGCUGACUUUACAAGGGAUUUUUAUCUGUUCUUAUCAUUGCCAUUCGAUCCCAUUGAUUUAAUGUUUAUGGAGAUUCUCGGUCAUCCCAUUGAUUUGAUAUCUGGAAUAACAGUAACAAUGAAAGCAGGUUUAUACCUCUUUAUACAUGUCCUUAAUUGGAAAAAGUUAACACGGGGGGGGUUUCAGCAUCCACCCAGCUUCUUGGUUCUUCUGUAUUGUAGUAACACAGCUAAUGCCUCUAAAACUCUUGGCUACGCCUCACACCACAGCCACCAGAUUGCAAACCAGCAUCUCUAAGGACGAUCAUCCCUCUGGUUGCUAACAAUCUCUUCUUGGUCCAGAGUUAACUUGUUUCUGUCCUCUUCAUGUUGCUAUCUUGUUUUCAAAUUAAGAGUUCAUAAAGAUGCGUUGAGGGGACGCAGUGGCUCAGUGGCUAAGACGCUGAGCUUGUUGAUCGAAAAGUCGGCAGUUCAGCGGUUCGAAUCCCUACUGCCGCGUAACAGGGUGAGCUCCCGUUAUUUGUCCCAGCUUCUGCCAACGUAGCAGUUUGAAAGCACGUAAAAAAUGCAAGAAGAAAAAUAGGGACCAAUAGCGUUCCGUGCGCCUUCGGUGUUUAAUCAUGCCGGUCACAUGACCACGGAAUUGUCAUCACAGCGCUGGUUCUUCGGCUUAGAAACAGAGAUGAGCACCACCCCCUAGAUUCGGGAACUACUAGCACAUAUGCGUGAGGGGAAUCUUUAUCUUUAAAGAUGUGUUUCGUUCAAUGGAAUCGGCCCACCCAUCUUAUCCUAAGAGCAUGCUUUGUAGGCAGACACAUGGUCGGAACAUUCUGCCAAAGGGUUCUGCCACUUCGGAUUAAUCUUGAGUUUCAAAAGUUGUGCAAUGCUUGCUUUUCAAGUGACUCUACUAAAAUAUGGAGAAGUGCGGAUUUUAUGCCUCUCCCUCACAACAGAUAACGUCGCCCAAAUACCGUAUUUUUCAGAGUAUAAGAUGCACCUUUUUCCCCCGUAAAAGGGGGUGAACAUUUGGGUGCGUCUUACACACCGAAUGUAGCCCUGCCCACUCACUGGCCCCUACCCUUUGGCCUCUGCCUCCCAGAAAUUUACCUCCGUGCAGCAACAGCCUAUUUCAGCUUCAGCACAGCCUAAUUAGCACAAGUUGAUUGACUGUUGGAUCGGCCUCCCGACUCUCAGCUGUUUCAGGCUGCAGGGAUUGCCAUUGCCUAUUGCUGCGCUGGCCUCUGCUGCUUGCUGAAAGAAGGUAAAUUGCUGGGAGCAAGUUUUUUUUUUUCCUUGCGCUAAUCAAGCUAUGCUGAAAACAAAAAUGAAAGUAAAGCAGGCUGUUUGCUGUUUGCUGCAAGGAGGCAAAAUUGCUGGGAGGCAGAGGCAGAUUUCUUUUUCUUGUUUUCCUCACCAAAAAAAGGUCGGUGUGUCUUAUAGUCCGGAACAUCUUAUACUCUGAAAAAUACGGUACUUGUGCAGACUUGGGAUACAUCGAGAUGAAUAUGCUAAUUGAGAUCACGCUGGUUUGCAUGGGAAAAUUUUCCAGUUCAAAAAUUUCCUAGAAACUCACACCUUUUGCUUCUAAGUUACUUUCUUUCUUUCGCUUCCUCCCAACACCUUUGGAAAGCUCUUCUUUGGCUAAAUUUCUGAUGGCUGUAGAUAUCACAACAUCCAGUUCUCAUCAUAGAUUAUAGCAGAAUGAUCCUCUUAAGAUUCAACGGAUCUGUUUUGAAAACUCUUUUUGAGUUCACACAGGACAUUCCACCUAGUUAUUAUCUCAUGUGCUGUAUUAACUGAACCAUAAGCCUACCCAAGGUGAGCCAUCGAGCAAAACUUAACUGUGGUUAAAUCUGACCACAAUUAGAAUGGAAGGAUUUAUCGCUGCUAGCUUUCACUAACCUGGUUCAGGGUGCCGUGUGAACAAUCACGGGAUAUCUCUCUUCUGGAAACAGAGCCAAAAUUACAGUUGCACUAACACAACAACAGCACAAGGUCUCACUAAUACAACAGCAGCCUAGGUCUCUAUGGAGACCUGGCAACUUCUGCUUAGUUCACCGCAUCCUUUUGUUGAACAUUACUCCAAAUCUGGAUGUCCACAUCUGGGGAGAACAGCUGGCUCAAUCCAGAGGGGGAUUCACUUACCUUCCCUACUGGUUCCCAAAUGUGACCACUCGCUCUGCCACCUCUGCGCAUGCACACGGCCUUCUGCACAUGUGCAGUAGUUGCGCAUUAUGUCCGGGCAGGUGGGCGGAGCCUUCCGCAGCCGCUGCUACCGGUUCGCGCGAUCCGGAGAGAACCAGCUGAAUCCGACCACUGGCUCAAUCCAUGAGACAUUUAAUGCUAGGUGGCUUAGGGAUGCAAAGGGGGGAACCAUUCUACUGUUUCAGCCAACAUUUUUUGUGGUCCAUGUUAUUUUUAUUUUUAUAUAUCUCAACUAUGCACACGGAGCUAGCUAGGGUAGGUGGCUGGCUUCUCUGCCUUUGGCUGGGCCUCUUCAGCCUGGCCUUUUUCAGCCUUGGUGAUCUGUCCCCGUCCACACACACACACAAACACAGCCAGCCAAGGGUUAAGGAAGCACUUGGAACACACCCAGCUCUCUAUCUCCAACUGGGCAGCGAUAUACACGCCGUCUGCCAAGUGCUUUUAUUUCCACAGAAAACAGAAAGAUAAAUACUCAGCUUCCAAACGUCCAACAACAAUAAAUAUUCCUCCCAGCAGUUCCGAACGAGGCUUUAGUGACUAUCCAAGGUUAGUUUUGUUCGUCACAAGGAUCACUGGCCACCACCCUCUAUUAUAUAGUCUCUGGGGUGUGGUCCAGUGACUCAGUUCUAAUCCCUAGCACGCCUCCUGAGCUGCUGCAAUCGUUUAUCACGCCUUCGGAGGCGUGCGUCCAAGAAUGAUGUUUCUCCUUCGCUCUCAUCCGAGCCACCUGUCUCCCUGCUAAUCUCCUCUCCCUCGGCCGGCACCUGAGACAGUGCCAGAGGGGAGGGGCCUGGAGAGGGAGGCCUGGCUGACUCCUCUUCCUCAUGCUCGGAGCUUUCUUCCUCCAAUGGGACAGGCUCAGAGGGCGGGGCCACAACACUUGGGACAUUUCCCUUUGAGGAAGAGAUUUACACACCAGCCUGCCUACGCUGUGAUCUGCCAGAAAGGCAGUGGGUGAGAGGAUACAGCUCUAAGAUUGGUGCCUGGAGGUGCAUUACACACUUUCUUUGGGCAUUGGUUACUCGUCUCUGCCGAAAGGAAGUUGUUCUUUGUCACUUCCUGCCCUUUGAAGUCACUUCGGUCCAGGUGAUGGAUGAUACCAAUUGCAGGGGAGAAGCUUGGGACAGUCUCCAGCCUCCAUCGUUGUUUGCCCUGAUCCCAAAAUCCUGAAGAGGACUCUGGGCCCCAGGAUACACACACACACACACACACACACACACACCCGUUUCCAGCUGUACAAAUAUGCACUUUCAACUUCAAAACAGUGUUCUCACCAGUGCUGAUACGACAGUGUUUUAUCUACAGGACAGUACACUUUUCUUAAAUUUGUCCUUAAGGUUUUUGUAUUUUUAAAGCAAUGUCGAAACAUCUGGUUUUCAAAUAAAUGGUUUUUUUCCCCCCUCUUA